GGGUUAUAAAGCCAGGCGCUGCUGGGCCCAGCUCUGACUGCCUCGCUGAUUUCCCGGGCUCUCGGCUCUAAUUUGCUGCUGGUCGAUUUCUUACUCCAGGAAGAAACAUGGCAUCCGUUGCCGUUGAACCACAACCGAGUGUGGUGACAAGGGUGGCCAACCUACCCUUGGUGAGCUCCACGUAUGACCUUGUCUCCUCGGCUUACAUCAGUACAAAGGAUCAGUAUCCCUACUUGAAGUCUCUGUGUGAGAUGGCAGAGAAGGGCGUCAAGACCAUCACCUCCGUGGCCAUGUCCGGUGCUCUCCCUAUCAUCCAGAAGCUAGAGCCUCAGAUUGCCAUUGCCAACACUUAUGCCUGUAAGGGACUAGACAGGAUUGAGGAGAAGCUGCCUAUUCUGAAUCAGCCAACAAACCAGGUUGUGGCCAAUGCUAAAGGCGCUGUGACUGGGGCAAAAGAUGCUAUGACGACUACUGUGACUGGGGCCAAGGAUUGUGUGGCCAGCACGAUCACUGAGGUGGUGGACAAGACCAAAGAAGCAGUGACCGGAAGUGUGGAAAAGACCAAGUCUGUGGUUAAUGGAAGCAUUAAUACUGUCCUGGGAAGUCGGAUGAUGCAGCUGGUGAGCAGUGGAGUAGAAAAGGCAUUCACCAAAUCAGAGCUGCUGGUAGACCAGUACCUCCCUCUCACUGAAGAAGAACUAGAAAAAGAAGCCAAAAAAGUGGAAGGAUUUGAUAUGGUUCAGAAGCCAAGUUAUUAUAUUAGACUGGGAUCCCUGUCCACCAAGCUCCGCUCACGGGCCUACCAGCAGGCCCUCACCAGGGUUAAAGAAGUCAAGCAAAAAAGCCAGGAGACCAUUUCUCAGCUCCAUUCCACUGUCAACCUGAUUGAAUUUGCCAGGAAGAAUGUGCAUAAUGCCAACCAGAAAAUUCAAGGCACUCAGGAUAAGCUCUAUCUGUCCUGGGUGGAGUGGAAGAGAAGCAUUGGCUAUGAUGACACAGAUGAAUCCCACUGUGCUGAGCACAUAGAGUUACGUACUCUGGCGAUUGCCCGCAACCUGACUCAGCAGCUCCAGACCACGUGCCACACCCUCGUGUCCAACAUCCAAGGGUUACCACAGAACAUCCACGAUCAGGCCAACCACUUGGGGGUGAUGGCUGGCGACAUCUACUCAGUGUUUCACAAUGCUUCCUCCUUUAAGGAAAUGUCUGAUGGCCUCCUCAGUUCCAGCAAGGGGCAGCUGCAGAAAAUGAAGGAGUCUUUAGAUGAUGUGAUGGAUUAUCUUGUUAACAACACGCCCCUCAACUGGCUGGUAGGUCCCUUUUAUCCUCAACUGACCGAGUCUCAGGAUGCUCAGUCCUAGGGUGCAGAGAACACAACGAGCCCAGAGACCCAGCAACCUGAGACAAAACACAUUAAACCUGCCCCUGCCAGCAGUGCAUGGGGCAGCCAGUCAGGUGACACGUCCUGUACUGUUGCAACCUGCUAGACAAUUCCCAAGUGGAGAAGCAGCUAGCGAGAAAAAAAGCUUCUCAGUUGUAGUUUUCCAAUGGUCUUAAGAGCUUUAACAUUUCUAUAUUAGCAGAUAGGGUUCUGUUGUGGACCUGGCUGGUAAGAAAAGAAUGACAGACUGGUCAGAGCCUAGCCAGUUCCGGUGCACUUAUGGUCUCAUUCUUUUGCCUCUGUUGCCACUGUUGCCAUCUGUCUGUAUUGAAUAAAAACACCUUCAUGUGGGCUA